CGCAGAUCGGCUCGGCUGAUGGACAUGAGGUCUCUGCUGUUACUAUCAGUGUUUUUGGCUCUCAUAAGGGAAGGCGAGGGAGAGAAACCAACAGUGUCUCUCCGGCCGAAGUUCCCACAGGUGUAUGUUGGAGAUGACGUCACUCUGAUCUGUAACCAUAAAGGAGGGAGUAAACCAACAAAAUGGCUUAUUAACGGAAAAGUACAACCACACGAGGAUUAUUCAAUGCUUCUUAUUGCAGUAACACCAGAAAACAAUGGGAUAUAUGAAUGUGAGCAGGCCGGAUCAAAGAGUGACCCGUACCCACUGACUGUACUGGAGCUGGAGCCUCUCGCUCAGCUCUCUCCAUCUGUAGGAGGUGCUGUGAUGACCAAAGGAGAUGGAAGAAACCUGGUGCUGCAGGCGGACGAUGAUCUGAAGGACUGGGCUUGUUUUGUGUUGAAGGGAGUGAGCACCUUCAGUCUAGGACUCGAUGUUGAUGAGAAGAUGAACAGAGCUGUUAUAUUUGCAGAAUUAAAGGAGGCAGAAAGAGCCACUUUCUGGUGCAAGAAAAAGGACAAAGAUCUUCGAAGCAAUGCUGUGACUCUGAAAAUGACAGAGCUCAUGGUGAUGUUGGUUCCUCCGGCCGUUCCUGCGCUGCAGGGGGAGCCUGUGGCUCUCAGGUGUGUAGUCUGGGGUGGACCGAAGCUGGAACAGGCAGUCUUCUAUAAGGAUAAAACAAAAAUCAAGACCACAUCUGAAGGAACAUACACCAUCACCAGCGCCACACAAACUGAUAACGGCAAGUACAGCUGCCACGCCACCUACAGGUACAGCCACAUCAGUGCAGAAGCAGCACAGAAGCAAGGAGAUUCUGAUGCUCAGGAGUUAAAAGUUAUAGGUGGACCUCCUGCUGCAGUGAUUUCAGCGUCUAAUAACAGUCUGCGGUGUUCCUGUCCUCACUGUCCUGCCAGCUGCACGUCCUACCACUGGUAUCACACACUCUUUAAUGACCCAUACACACGCAGAAAACUAACUGAAAACGACGGGUUUAUUACUGUAGAAGAUGAAGGACUGUACAGCUGCCGGAGGGACUGCAGGAAAGGUUUCUCCCGUUUCAGCAACGACUACAGCUACGCAGUGCAACCUGAAUCAGAUACUGCAAACGUGAUGCCCAUCAUGGUGGCGGCGAUUCUGAUCGUUCUCGUGCUGUUGAUCGUCUUGCUGAUCGUGCUGAAACGCAGACGUGGAGGAAGCGCCAUCCAGGAGACCAAACGGGAUAAAGACAAGACAACAGGUGGAGACUAUGAGCAAAUCCAACUCAAAGACAAGGAUCAGGCGGUUUACCACACGCUGGGCGAGAGCACGAGCAAGGACCAGGCUGAGGGGGGUUACGAACCCCUACAAAAGAGGCAGGAGGAGGGGGUGUACCACACACUAGGACCUGGAGAGGGUCAGAGUGAAGGUCAAGGUGGGUACGAGGCUCUUAAGAGCGUCAAAGCCGAGGUGUACCAGACACUGAGUUCAGACGACUCAAAAAAGCCAGCAGGAGAAGCCGAGGGAGGGUAUGAGCAGCUUCCUCAGAAAGACAAAGAUUACGAGACCGUGACAGUGGAGGAAAAUCCAUACGAAGAAGUGAAGAAACAGAUGGCCAAAGAGAAAGAAUGAGGGAAUCUAGGAAAGAAUAAGCACCAUAAUAGUCAAAUGGCUGUUUAGUCAUUGAAGGCAAUGCAGCCUUUCUAAAAUCCUUGCCAAUAGUUAACACAGUUAAUCUAAUGCAGGUUCAUGUAUUAAAUGUAAUGUAUUAAAGAGAUACUUGGUACUCCACCCAAAAAAAAAUAAUUAU